AUGGUUGCUAACGAACACUUCUUAUUGCAAUACAACGAUUCUAUCGUCGAACAAGACCCACCUACCCCAGGCCGAUCUGAUGUCGAAAGAGAUACACCAACCCUAGGCCGUUCAUAUGUCGAAAGAGAUACACCAACCCCAAGCACAUCUGAUGUCGAAAGAGAUACACCAACCCCAGGCCGAUCUGAUGUCGAAAGAGAUACACCAACACCAGGCCGAUCUGAUUCUGAAAGAGGCACGCUACGACCAAAUCGUUCAAAAUCCACGAAGAAUGCGUAUGAAGAGGCACUUUAA